CAUCAGUUCAGGAUCUCAAACCGCAUUGGUCCUCUGCCUGGGCGGACAGAGGCGAUGCUUGAAGUUCAUUGGUCCUUGUGAGAUAGGGCAAGAAAAGCAGCGCGAGCUUGGCCGUUCCUCUGGCCACUUUCUCGCAGUGUCCUUGGCGUCUUCUUGACUGAAUCUGACUCCAUUGGAGGCUGUGAUCCAUGGAACCCAGUGACAUGCCUGCUGGCUACCACUGCCCGUCAGACUCUGCCCCCCGGAAUGAGACCAGAGACCCCCAGGGCACAGAGCUGAUCCCCAGGAGAGCCAUCAGCCGCUCUCCAACCUGCGCCCGCUGCCGCAACCACGGUGUCACCGCCCACCUCAAGGGCCACAAGCGCCUCUGCCUCUUCCAGGCUUGCGAGUGUCACAAAUGUGUCCUCAUCCUGGAGCGCCGCAGGGUCAUGGCUGCCCAGGUGGCCUUGCGUAGGCAGCAGGAGGCGCAGCUAAAGAAGCAGCUGCUGAGGAGAGGGGAAGCCUCUCCCAAAGCUCCCAACCACUUCAGAAAGGGAACUACUCGACCACAGGUCCCCUCUGGAAAGGAGAACAUAGCACCCCAGCCUCAGACCCCCCAUGGGGCAGUCCUGCUGGCACCAACACCUCCUGGGAAGAACUCCUGUGGGCCUCUGCUGCUCAGCCAUCCCCCGGAAGCCUUGCCCUUGUCCUGGACUCCGGUGCCUCCUGGCCCUUGGGUUCCUGGACACUGGCUGCCUCCAGGCCUCUCCAUGCCACCACCAGUGGUGUGCCGCUUGCUAUACCAAGAACCUGCUCUCUCUCUGCCUCCCUUCCCUGGCUUUGACCCUGGCACUUCCCUCCAGCUGCCCACUCAUGGGCCCUUCACCACCUGCCCAGGAUCUCACCCAGUACUGACAGCUCCUCUUUCUGGAGAGCCCCAAGGGCCCCCUAGCCAACCCCGCACACACUCAACUCUGAUACUCCAGCCCUGUGGCACCCCAGACCCUCUUCAGCUACAGCCACAGGCCUCUGGAGCCUCUCGCCUGGCCCGGACAUCUGCCCCCUCAGAGCGGCAGCUGCAGCAAGAGGCAGCUGAAGCCCUCGUGGGGCUGAAAGAUUCAUCCCAGGCUCCUCGUGUGACCCCUUCUGUGCCCCCUAACCCUGCCUGGAUCUCCCUGCUUCACCCCUGUGGCCCACCAGCUCCUGCUGGAGGAAGAGGAUUCCAGCCUGUUGGCCCCUGUCUUCGACCCAGCCCAGCCCCCUCCGUUGCUCUGCAUAUUGGCCGUCUGGGGUCCAUCUCCCUCCUGAGCUAGAAACCUGGAGAUGGAGGCUGCCUUGCUGUGGCAGGGAGGUGACAGCCUGCUGGCACUGUAUAUUUAGUGCUUUACUUAGAGAUUUAUGCAUGGAAUUUAAUGUAGUACAAGCUUCGGGCUUUUUUGUUUAUUUAAGCUUUCAGGUGCUUCAUUAGCUUUCAGUUCCUUUGGUAGUGUGGGCAUUUCCUUGGCUGAUGGUGGAUAUUCUUGUACCCUUCUUGGGUCCUGGGAUCUCUUGAAAUCCCCAAUAAAGAGAGAGUUGUGCUAUUUAGGCUGACCAGUAUCUAUAAACGUGUUUGCAUGAGUUUAUAUCCCAGGAUUCCAUGAUUCUGUACGUACCUAUGCACUCAUGUCUGUCUCCAUGCAUGUGAAAACAGUAGAGUGUUUUCAUUUUGUGUCUAGGUUUGUGUGAGUAAGCAAGAAAUAAACCUUUGUUGUUUUAAGCCACUGAGAUUUGGGGAUUGUUACCACAGCCUAACCUAGUCUAUCCAGACUGACAGAAAGGACUUGUUCAAUUCACUUCUCAAAGUGAAAAAUCAGUUAUCCAAUAGCUACCAUAGAUAAAGGCAAACUUGGAUUUUUUUCUUUGUCCAAAUAAGAAAAAAUGAUGUAAAGAAA